ACAACAGUGUGAGCAGCAUUAAGUGAUCACACAGAAAGGGAGACAGAAAGAGAAAAAGAGAAUCUACUUGGUGUGCAGACAACAACAGAAAACAUGAAGAAAUCUGCAAAAGAGCUGAAUGCGGUGCUCGUGGGAUCAAAAACCUCCCGGAAUUAUCUGGUUGGAAACAUCGUCCUGGGAAGACGGGCGUUUGAUCCAACAGAUGUAACAUCCUGCUGUGAGAGGGCAGAGGGAGAAGUAUGCGGGCUAACAGUCACGCUGGUCAAAGCCCCGGGGUGGCUGCGAGGAUAUACCCCCAGUAAUACAUCUGAACUUUUCAAGACAGAAGCGGUUCUCAGCGUCACUCUGUGUCCACCUGGACUGCAUGGCUUCAUCCUGGUGGUUAAUGCCGAACUACCAUUCAAAAAUAAGCACAAGAAGGCAACAGGAGAGCAUUUGCAACACUUUUUUGGUGACAAGGUUUGGGAUCACACGAUAGUGGUCUUCAGCCACGUGGGCCAUCUGGGCCACAAAACCAUUGAGGAUUACAUCGCGAGGGAAGGGGCGCCGCUCCAGUCGCUACUAGAGGCCUGUGGUAACCGAUAUCACGUCCUGUGUGACGAUGGCGCAGACAACGACGAGAAGGUCGAAGAGCUGUUUGAGAAGAUUGACGCCAUGGUGGCAGAAAACGGGUGCUAUGAAGCGGACAGCACGCUGGUGCAAAGCGUUGAGUCGAAGAGGAAGGAAGUGGACAAAAAAGCUGAGGAGUUGCGUCUGCAGUCACAACAACAAAGGGAAAAGCUCAGAAAUCUCCUGACAGAGCCAACACCCAACCUGAGGAUCUUGAUGGUCGGGUGGGUGUUUUCCGCGAAGAGUGCCACUGGAAACAACAUUUUGAGUGCUGAGGUGUUUCAGUCUGGUGAGAGAACGGUAAAAGCGUUAAAGCAAAGUGGUGAGGUGGCCGGAAGAGAGGUCGUCAUCGUGGACACUCCUGGAUGGUGGAAAUUCUUCCCAGCGAAGUUUACCCCUGCGAUUUUGAAGUCUGAGAUUUUAAAAGGAGUGUCUAUGUGCUCGCCAUCACCAAAUGUCAUUUUGCUGGCAGUGCCGCUUGACACAUCAUUCACCGAUGAACAGAGAAGAGUCACAGAGGACAACAUGAGGCUGUUUGGACAGAGAGUGUGGAGACAUGUGAUCGUGCUGUUUACAUUCGGGGACGCUUUGGGGGACAAAACUAUUGAGCAACACAUUGAAAGUGAAGGAAAGCCUCUCCGCUGGCUUAUUGAGAAAUGUGAAAACAGGUAUCAUGUCCUUGACAAUAUGCAUGCAGCUGAGGGUCAGAUAACAGACCUGCUGCAGAAGAUGGAGGAGAUGGUGGCAGGAAACAUCUCUUUUUACCUCGGUGCCGACCCUGAAACUGAUGAUCCACAACCGACGGGAAACAAAGAUGAGAACACAACCAAGGAGAUCACAGAACAACUUUCAAUCGAAUGGGACCGCAGUAACUGGGAAAAAUACCACAGCCGAUCAGGAAACGACAGUAUGGGAUUACCACCGACCAUGAGUGAUAGCAAGCAGAAGUCUGAGGGUUCAGAAGGAGAGGAAGAACAGGAGCACCGGCAUAAAGGUGACCAGUUUAAGGCCGACUUUCUAGCAAGUGAAGGCGAUGCAGCAUCUGGGCCUAUGAAGAGAUGGAUGGGAUUGAUGGAGAGAGAGUGGAGCAGACGAGAGGUGGCCAUGGAACAGGCGGCUUGGAAACAUUUCCGCAAGGAUGAGUAUGCCACCUCCGAGCCAGACAGUGAUCAGAUGCUGAAAUCGAGGGAAAAGGUAAGACUGUGGAUGUCAUCUGGGUAUUGGACAGAUCCUGAGACCUCUACUAUCGACGGGGAAUUGGAGGAGGAAGAGAUACCGACAGAAGACUACAGGCAGACUGUAGAAAGUCACUCUACUGGGGACUGAUGAUCGCUGUCAUGUCAUUAACCUGCUGGCUGCAUCUUAUUUUGUAACCCUGUGGUGCAUUUGCUCACACCGCUGUUUAAGGCUCAUGAAAGAAUAAUCGGGUUAUUUAUGUUCUAUAUAAACAUCACAACACCAGGAGAAGACUCAUAACUAAGAUACAGAUACUGAGUGGGUGGCAGGUCAGCUACAGUCAGUCAGUGAGACAGGAGAUUUAACAAACGGAGAGUCUGUAAUAAGAUAAUAAUAAACAAUGAUCUUGAAAUCAUCUUGAAAUGGCCGGCUUUAGCCCUUUUGGUGCCCUAGGCAAAAUUCACCCCAUGGGUUACAGUUCAACACCCCAGAAGACAUCACAGUGGUUUUAAGACAAGAAUUAAACCUGCAAUAGACAGAAUACUUUUGCCAUCAUUGGACAACAAUUCCA